AUGUGCGUUCAAGGCGAUUCAGGCCUCGUCCUCACCACCGACCCUAAACCGCGUUUGCGGUGGACCGUCGAACUCCACGAGCGUUUCGUCGACGCCGUCGCUCAGCUCGGCGGCCCCGACAAAGCGACUCCAAAGACGAUUAUGAGAGUUAUGGGUGUGAAGGGUCUUACUCUUUACCACCUAAAGAGCCAUCUUCAGAAAUUCAGGCUUGGAAAGCAGCCACAUAAGGAGUACGGAGAUCACUCCACAAAGGAAGGUUCAAGAGCUUCUGCCAUGGAUAUUCAGCGCAACGUAGCUUCUUCUUCUGGCAUGAUGAGUCGCAACAUGAAUGAGAUGCAAAUGGAAGUGCAGAGGAGGUUGCACGAACAGCUAGAGGUGCAGAGACAUUUGCAAUUGAGGAUUGAAGCACAGGGGAAGUACAUGCAAUCUAUAUUGGAGAGAGCUUGUCAAACCCUGGCCGGUGAGAACAUGGCAGCAGCCGCCGCCGGAGGAGGGUACAAGGGCAAUUUGGGAAGUUCGAGUCUUUCCGCAGCGGUGGGUCCACCUCCUCAUCCUCUUAGUUUCCCGCCGUUUCAAGAUCUAAACAUCUACGGGAACACAGCGGAUCAAGUCCUCGACCAUCAUAACUUCCAUCAUCAGAACAUAGAGAAUCAUUUCACGGCUAACAAUGCUGCAGAUACCAACAUUUACUUGGGGAAGAAGCGACCAAACCCUAGUUUUGGUAAUGAUGUAAGGAAAGGACUUUUGAUGUGGUCUGAUCAAGAUCACGAUCUUGCCGGAAACCAACCGAUCGAUGAUGAGCAUCGGAUUCAGAUACAAAUGGCUACGCAUGUCUCCACGGAUUUGGAUUCUUUGUCCGAAAUUUACGAAAGGAAAUCGGGUUUAUCAAGUGAUGAAGGGAAUAAUGGUGGGAAAUUACUGGAAAGGCCAUCGCCUCGAAGAUCACCAUUAAGUCCUAUGAUGAACCCUAAUGGUGGACUAAUACAAGGAAGGAGCUCGCCAUUUGGGUGA